CCUCGGAAUAACAAGGCGUGGUUUUGUUUUGACUGUGUUGGGGGGAAAAGAAAUGCGCCCUACGCCUCAUCUGUACAGUGUCAGUUUGGCAGCUCAGAAGCAAAGAUGAGCCAAGAAAUGAAGAACGAGGCAACCCAACUAAAUGGGACCCCGGCCUCUGGUUCCGCUCAGACAAAAAAGUGUGAGGACUACCUGGAGUGGCCUGAAUAUUUCAUGGCUGUAGCUCUCCUGUCAGCUCAGAGAAGCAAGGAUCCCAGCUCACAGGUUGGAGCAUGUAUUGUUAACCGGGAGAAUAAGAUAGUGGGCAUCGGCUACAACGGCAUGCCCAACGGCUGUGAUGAUGACCUGCUGCCCUGGUCCUGCUCUGCCAACGACAGACUGGAUACCAAAUAUCCCUACGUGUGCCAUGCGGAGCUGAAUGCGAUCAUGAAUAAGAACUCAGCGGACGUGAAGGGCUGUUCCAUGUACGUGGCUCUGUUCCCCUGCAACGAGUGUGCCAAGCUCAUCAUCCAAGCAGGUAUAAAGGACGUGAUUUAUUUGUCAGACAAGUACCACGACAUCCCUGAAAUGACUGCCUCCAGACGGCUGCUUAACUUGGCAGGGAUCCAAUACAA